UGUCUCUGCUGUGGACAUAGGACACUGAGGCUCACAGUCUGUCAACAUGGGACGGUGGACGCUUCACAACAUUUUAUUUCUCAUACUUCUCUGCAGCUCCAAUGGACAGUUUAGCUUUUCGAGGAGAAGACCCUCCUGGCAUGAGAGGUUCACCUUGCUGGCUCCAGACCUGCUGAGGACAGACAGCCACGAGAACAUCUACCUACAGGCAAACGAUGUGUCCAACCCCGUCGUCGUCUCCAUCUCCAUCCUGAACUUCUAUAAAACCACUACCCUCCUCCAGGACUCGGUCACACUCAGUGCCGAAAAUGGAUUUCAUACUCUCAAGUCUAUACAGCUUCCCUCCGAUCGUUUGAGUCGUGAAUGGAAAAGGAAGAGGUUUGUGCAUCUGAAGGUGAAUUUUGGGGGCUACCACUCAGAGGAGAGGGUACUGAUGGUGUCCUUUCACUCCGGAUACAUCUUCAUCCAGACAGACAAACCCAUCUAUAAACCUGGAGAUACUGUUCGGUUCAGAGCCUUCUCAUCCUCGCCGUCCUUUAAAGCCUUUGACACCUCAGUCACAAUCGAUAUCCAGAAUCCAGAUGGCGUGGUGGUUAAACAGAUCUCCAGGGUCAGAGCUGUUGAUGGCGUCUUUACAGACACUUUUCCGCUCUCUGACAUUGUUAUUGAAGGGAAAUGGACAGUGACUGCAAAGUUUGACCACAGGCAGCAGAACACAUUCACCUCCCCGUUCGAGGUGAAGAAAUACGUGCUUCCUGCCUUCAAUGUUACCCUGACUCCCAGGAAGUCCUUCCUCAGCCUGGAUGACAGUGAACUGAUAGUAGACAUAUCAGCCAGGUACCUGUAUGGGGAGCCGGUCCAGGGGACGGCCUAUGUGGUGUUUGGAGUGACGAUCAACCAAGAGAUGAGAAGGCUGCCUUCAGUGAAGCAGGUGUUGGAUCUGGAUGAAGGAGUGAUCCAUCUGAGCAUGGAGGAGAUCAAGAGAGCUUACCCCGAUGUUAGAUCUUUGGUGGGCAACUCUGUGUAUGUGAAGGCCUCUGUGCUCACCAAGUCAGGCAGUGAUCUAGUUGAAGCAGAGAAGACUGGAAUUAAAAUUGUGGAGUCUCCGUACAUUGUAUCCUUCAAAGACAUACCAAAGUACUUCAAGCCAGGCCUGCCCUUGGACUUUGCAAUCCAGGUGAGCCACCAUGAUGGUUCCCCGGGCCGUAACAUCCCGGUCAAUGUGAAGCUGCAGGGCGUGUCCAUGGUUGUCUCCACCAGCAACAGCAGGGUCACCAUCAACAUGCCCAGCUCUCAACAGCCACAAACUAUUACUGCUGAGACCACGCAGGUGGACCUGAGACCAGAUCAGCAGGCCAAGAAACAAAUCACCGUUCAGCCGUACGUCACCUUUGACCCACGGCAACAGAACUACCUGUACAUCUCCACAGGGACCACCACGGUGUCUGUAGAUGACACACUGUCCCUGAAGCUGAACAUCGUUCCUGCAGACAACACACACAGACAGUACAUUAAACACAUUACCUACCUGGUGCUGAAUAAAGCCAAAAUUAUUGUCGCCGAGCGUGUAGAUGUGACGGGGCAGCUGGUCACCGGCGUCGGACUGAAGGUUACCCCGGAGAUGAUGCCAUCGUUCCGUUUUGUGGCGUUCUACAGUAUUCCCUGGGCGGGGAUGGAGGAGGUGGUGCCAGACUCUAUCUGGGUAGAUGUGGCAGAUUCCUGUGUUGGAGGACUGAAACUCGGGCCGGUGAGAGGCACACGUCGAGAUUACACGCCUGGAAAGAACUUUAAUUUUAAGAUCAGAGGCGAUCCGGGGGCAAAGGUCAGCCUGGUGGCUGUGGACAACGCUGUGUAUCUUCUCAACAGGGACAGACUUACACAGAGGAAGAUUUGGGGUGCUGUGGAGCAGGGAGACAUCGGCUGCUCCCGAGGGGGUGGCAGAGAUGCCAAGGCGGUGUUCUCAGAAGCAGGGCUGCUCUACGCCUCCAGCGCCGGGUUUCAAACCACAACCAGACAAGCCCUGCAGUGUCCAGGCAGUGCCAGAAGGAGGCGCUCUGCUGAACAGUUGCAGCGUAAAGCCAGGCUGGAGAGUCAUUACAAGGAGAAGCUGCAGCGUCGCUGCUGUAUGGACGGCCUCAGGGGGAUCCCCAUGCCGUACUCCUGUACGCGACGCUCCCUCUACAUCACAGAGGGCUGGGAGUGCAUGAAAGCCUUCAGAUACUGCUGCGCCACUUACAGGGACCAAGAGUUUAACACCCAGAUUCCCACCACCCCACCACCCUUUACAACAACUCCCCCUACCACCUCCCCUCCACCCUUGCCCACUUUAUUCCAUGGUUUUAGAAUAUACUGGCCCGAGCCCACGUAUAUCAGUGAGGCAGUACAUGUGGCGAUGCCGGAGGGUAUCGACUGGGUGCCAGAGGGGGCGGAGGAAGAGGAGGAGGAGGAGGAGGAGGAGGAGGAGUAUCUGGAUGCAACUCAAGUGUAUGUGCGAUCCAAGUUCUACGAGUCUUGGCUGUGGACGGAUGUUAACCUUCCCAGCCAGGCAGACAGAGACGGGUUAGCGUCUAAGAAUGUGGACAACCCCUUACCUGACAGCAUCACAGAGUGGGGAGUUCUGGCCAUCAGUGCAUCACCUCAUACAGGUUUCUGUGUCGCUGAACCUUACAACGUCAGAGCAUGGAAGCCUUUCUUUGUGGACCUGAAGCUGCCGUAUUCAGUGGCGAGGAACGAGCAGGUCGAGAUUAAAGCUGUGGUCCAUAACUACGAGGACAACGACCUGCAUGUGAGGGUGGUGCUGAUGAAAACAGUAGGCAUGUGCAGCAUUGCCUUUAAGAAGAGUCACACACAGGAAGUGACGCUGCCGGCCGGCUCUUCUGUCGCGGUGCCUUACACCAUCGUACCGCUGGUGGUGGGGAAACUUCCUCUGGAGGUGAUGGUGGUGGCCAGAGGUACGACGGCAGGAGACCGCAUCCAGAAACAGCUACGUGUGGUGCUGGAGGGAGUGCAGAAGGCUGAAGUUCGGAGUGCAGUGUUGAACCCUGAGGGAGGAACACAGAUGGUUCGGGUGGGCAAGAUCGAACUCAAGUCAGUUGUGCCGAACUCUCGACCAGAGACAUUCAUCAAUGUCAGAGGCAAUGUGUUGGCAGACAGCAUUGAUAACUCCAUCAGUGAGGACUCUCUAGCCUCCCUGAUUCAGAUGCCCGGCGGCUGUGUGGAGCAGAACUUGGCAAGCAUCACGCUGCCGCUCAUCGCCAACCUCUACCUGGAUCAAACCAACAGCUGGGAGAGUGUAGGGGUGCAGCGCAAGGCUGAGGCUCUCCGGUUCAUCAGGAGAGGCUACGAGAACCAGCUGGCAUACAGAAAAAGUGAUGGCUCUUACCCCCCCUACAGGAGGCAAGGCGCAAGUACAUGGAUCACGGCGUAUGUGGUGAAAGUUUUCUCCAUGGCUUACUCCAUCACUGGCAUCGACGAGCAGCAAGUGUGUGAACCUCUGCUCUACCUGGUGAACAACAAACACCAGCUUUUGAGAGGGAGCUUCAGAGAGGACAACCCAGUUUACACCACUACAAUGACUGGCGGUCUCCGUGGUGACGACCCCGAGACAACGCUGACAGCCUUUGUCCUCAUAGCGCUCGCCGAGGCCAAGCAGGCUGGGAUCCGCUGCACUGGUCCAAGCGUAGAGGUAGCUGUAGGUAAGACAACUGAAUACCUGAAGAGGGCGUUGUUGACGACGGGGAGGAGGCCGUACACUGUGGCCAUCGCCUCGUACGCGCUGGCUCUGCUGGGGAAUGCUUCGCCCUACAACCCGACACAAUCUUUACUCAGAGCUGCAGCUCCAGAUGGCAGCCACUGGCCCGACAGUCAGAACACCUUGUUCACCCUGGAAGCGACCGGCUAUGCCUUGCUAGCUCUGGUGAAGUUGGGGCGCAUGGAGGAAGCUGCAGCGCCGUUUAAAUGGCUGAACGGCCAGAGGAGGAGAGGAGGAGGCUUCGGCUCCACUCAGUCCACCAUGGUGGUGCUCCAGGCGCUGUCCGCGUACCUGAUAAACAAACCUGCUCCCGAAGACGUCCAUCUGGAUGUGGAUGUCAGGAUAACAGGGCGUAAAGAAAUCCGCUACCAUUUCAACCCCGUGAACGCCUACGCCGCUCGCUCUUCCAGGUUGCCUGCUGAUCUUGAUUUGGAAGUGCAGGCUCGAGGGAAUGGACAGGGAAUACUGGAGGUUGUGACCCAUUACAACCAGCUGCCAGAGGUGGAUGAGAAGAUCUCCUGCAAGGACUUUGAGUUUAGCGUCACUAUCGAAGAAUCCAGCGAAAAGCCUCCAGCAGAUGUGGAGAAAUCCUACCAGCUCACCAUCAAAGUGAGGGCUUUAGGACCCAGAGAUGUCCGGAUGGUGAUUCUGGAUAUAAAUCUGCCCACCGGCUUCACCCCAGAAAACUCCGACCUGGAGAUGUUGUCAAACUCAGUGGAUCGUUACAUCAAUAACUUCCAGAUUGUUGAUAACCUGAGUGACAGAGGCUCUCUGAUCAUCCACCUGUUCACGGUGUCUCACAAAGAGCCAGAGAUCCUGAUCUUCAGGCUUCAGCAGAGCUUUAAAGUCGGCCUCCUCCAGCCAUCCUCGGUUACUGUCUACGAGUAUUACAACCCAGAUCACCGCUGCAGUCGCACCUACACUCCCAGAGAGGACAAAGAGGCGCUCACUCAGAUCUGCCGGGACAACGUCUGCCGCUGCACGCAGGGUGACUGCUGUGUCUCCAAAACAGACAGUGAAAACUUCCUCAAUAAAGACAGAGAGGUGUUUGCCUGCAAUACUUUACACCACGUUUUCAAGGUGAAGGUGCUGAAUGUCAGCCAGAGUUACUACGACAAAUACGAGAUGGAGAUCACGCGAGUUAUCAAGCUGGGUGUGGAGGCAGGAGUCGAGGUGGGUCAGAAGAGGUUCUUCAUGUCUCACGGAGGCUGCAGGGAUGGAAUCAACCUGAAGCAGGGCUCUGAGUACCUCAUCAUGGGCCCCAAAGAGGACCAGUGGAACGUUGAUAGUGACGCCAACAGAUCCAUCUACAUGCUGGGAAAGGACACCUGGGUGGAACGCUGGCCUACGUCUGCAGAGUGCUCCAGCAUGCAAGCUAAAUGCAAGAGCCUGGAAGAUACUGCAGAUGAACUGUCUGUCAACGCCUGCAGGGUGUAGAGGCGCCGCAACUGCACACCUUUAUCCUGUGAUGUUUUGUUGCAAAGAUGUCAAAUAACUGUUCACACAAACAUUUAAUGAUCAUUUUAGGGUUAAAGCCAGAGUAAUAAUGACAUUGUGUUUUCACUGUAGAAAAAAGAACUGAAGUGGAGUUUGUUAUAACAACAUACCCAACAGGUUUAUCUUUACUGUAAUGAUAUAAGAAUGAGAAAGAAAUAAACAUCACUAAUAAAAGAAAACUAA